AUGGCGUUCCUCCGAGCCCUCCGGCGAGCCCUCCCGCCGCUCUACUCGCCGGCGGCGCCUCUUUCCCGGCGCGCACCAGGUCCUCCUCCGCUCCCUUCCCGCCCUCUCCGGCUCCUGGAUCCGAUCGGGUUCCGGCCGUUCUCCGCCGCGGCCGCCACCGCCACCGCCGUCGCGCGGGUGCCGGAAAUGGGGGCCAGCCUCUUCAGAGGGCUCACGGAGACCAGGUUCCCCAAGCGGCGCCCGGGGUUCGUGUCCCGGCGCAAGAGGGCCAGCCUGCGACCCAAAGGUCCGCACUACUGGGUGAGGUGCACGCCGGGGGAGCCUAUCCCUUCGAGCCAGCCGAAUAAGGGCAGCGUGCAGGGGAGGAAGGAGAAGAAGCGGAUCAAGCAGCGCAAGGACUUCAUCAUGGCUGAGAAGAGGAAGCGCAAAGCACAGUAUUCUGUUGCUGUGAAGAGGAAGGAGGCAGAACGGACAGAAAGAAAGAUGGCUGCAGUGGCAAGAGACCGGGCAUGGGUGGAAAGGUUGGCAGAGCUAAAGCAGAUAGAGGCAGAAAAGAAAGCUGCAAUGGCUUGA